CGACUGCGCACCGCGGCGUCGGACACUGUGAGGCCUCACGUCCCCGAGCCACACGCCUGAGCGCGACAUGAACGCGCCGGCCUUGCGAGACCAUCGGACCCGCGACCGCUUUUGGCAGCCCGAGCCGGCGCUCCUGUCCCCGGGGUGACGCGCAGCCCGCCGCUCAGACACAUGGCCCCAAGCCCAAGACCCCAGCAUACCCUGCUCUGGAGGGAUGCCCACUCCUGCUACCUCCUGUCUCCACUGAUGGGCUUUCUCAGCCGGGCCUGGAGCCGCCUGAGGAGCCCAGAAGCCCCAGAGCCCUGGCUGGCAGAAACGGUAACUGGAGCAGAUCUGAUAGAAGCGAAGGAUCGGCCUGCAGCCGAGAACCAUGUCCCUCGGGGGGAGGCUGAAGAAAGUGGAACUCUUGAAGAGGGUAAAGCCGCCCAAGGGCCCGGCCUUGAUGUGCGGGGACUUUCAAGUGACGACACACACCCUGAGAAGCAAGGACACCAAGGCCCUAGAGAGCAGGGCAGUGGCCUGCCUAGACUACUGUCCCCCGGCCUGCAGGGUGGAGAUAAGACCCUUGCAGAGGUGGUGGCCGCCAAGGAGAGAGUGACUGAGCUGGCUUAUCCCACAUCACACCCGGAGGGGGAGGGCUGCCCAUCUGAGGAAGAGGAGAAUGGAGGAGCUGUGAAAAGGGCUUUCCCAGACUCGGCUAACAUAUCUCCAGGACCCAAGCCCAGCACCUCUGUGUACUGCCCAGGGGAAGCAGAGCAUCGAGCCACGGAGGGAAGAGGAACAGAAAAUAAAGCUGACUCCCCCAGCUCUCCUUCAGGCUCCCACUCCAGAGCCAGGGAGCACUGCUCUAAGCAGGAGGGAGAGGCCGACCCAGAGCCACACAGGACAGGACAGGAUGAACUGUGUCAGAGUGCAGAAGCUGAGGAAGAGGAAGGAGCUAAGGCUCCAUCUUCGUGUGUGUCCAGUGGUGGGAACGCCUUCCUGAAGGCCUGGGUGUAUCGCCCUGGAGAGGACGCCGAGGAUGAUGAUGACAGUGACUGGGGAUCAGCUGAGGAAGAGGAAGGAGCUGAGGCUCCAUCUUCGUGUGUGUCCAGUGGUGGGAACGCCUUCCUGAAGGCCUGGGUGUAUCGCCCUGGAGAGGACGCCGAGGAUGAUGAUGACAGUGACUGGGGAUCAGCUGAGGAAGAGGAAGGAGCUGAGGCUCCAUCUUCGUGUGUGUCCAGUGGUGGGAACGCCUUCCUGAAGGCCUGGGUAUAUCGCCCUGGAGAGGACGCCGAGGAUGAUGACAGUGACUGGGGAUCAGCUCAGACCGGUGUCACUCCCCAUACAAGUGCCUUUCUCAAGGCCUGGGUCUGUCGGCCCGGAGAGGACACAGACGACGACACAGAAGAUGACAACCCUGAGAAUGUGGUCCCAGAAGAUUCAGAGGCAGCGGACCCAAAGAGUCGCGGCCAUCAGGCCCGGGGUUGUCUACCUGGAGAGACGUCAGAGGGAGUUGUGGAGCCCACCCUCUUCCAGGUGGCCUUCUACUUACCUGGAGAGAAGCCAGCACCGCCCUGGGCAGCUCCUAAGCUGCCCCUUCGGCUGCAAAGGAGGCUCUCAGCGUUCAGAGCCCCCAUCAGGGGUCAGGAUCCUGACACCCCUCUACGGACCACAAAGGUGCGUUUCUCUGAGAAACCCACAGUCCAUUUCCUUGCUGUCUGGGCAGGGCCAGCCCAAGCUGCCCGACGUGGCCCCUGGGAGCAGCUUGCAAGAGAUAGAAGCCGCUUUGCCCGCCGGAUUGCCCAGGUGGAGGAGAAGCUAGGUCCUUACCUCACCCCUGCCUUCAGAUCCAGAGCUUGGGCACGCCUAGGAAACACACCCCUUUCUCCAGCUUUCACACCUGCCCCUCCACAGCUGGGGCCUUGCUCCUCCUCUUCUGAGGCCACGCCCAUGAGCCAAUCUGUGACCACACCCUCUCCCCUUCCCAGUGAAGCUCCUCCAUCCAGCCUGGACUUCGGUGGGAGGCGGGGUUAAGCCCAAUUAAUUUCCUGUUAUUUAUUUUUAAUAAGAAAUAAAGCCUUUUUGACUUACA